AGGAGAAUAAGAUUUUUUAAUGAGAGACAAUUAGGACGAUUGCAUGUGUUUGCAUGCAUGAUUUGAUGAUCUUAUAUAUUACUUGUGAUGACAAUUCCCACAAUUUACAUAGCAAAGGGAAGAAUUGGAGUAUACAAGGCAGCAAUGCCAAAAGGGUUCUCUGAUUUCAUCACUCCUUUUCGCUCAUAGUUGAUAUAGUACCUCGGGCUCUUUUAAUGGUAGGAACCCACAAGGCCAUUUGCCCUCUUGUUAUGCCUGCCUUCCUUUAUUAUUCAAGCCGACUUUCCGACUGCAGCAUACUUGCUUAUAUGAAUAUGCUUCUCUAUUCUCAAGGGUACAUACAGUAAAGACAUUGCAAGCUCUCUUGCGCCGAAAGGCUUUGACUACUGCUUUGUUCUCUCUUUAGUAACUUCGGGAUAUACUCACCUGCGUCCUAAGGUAUUGAGUGUUGAGGGAGUCAAGUUCCACGGAGAGAACGGACCUUGUCCUUAAUCAACUUCCUUUCCCAGUCAGAUACAUCUUCAAAAGCAUCUUCUGGAAGAUUAUCAAAUGGUUCCUUCCAGGAAUCAUUCUUUGCCAAAUCAUACGUGGCUCCUCUUAUGGAUCUCUUAUUAGGUCCGCAUGGCCUCUUUGAUGUUAAUGCAUCGUAUGCUGCGUUCAGAUUCAUGUCACAGAACCAGAACAUGUAAGCAACUGUGACAGCAGGGGCUCUGCCGAGUCCAGCAGUGCAAUGAACAUAAACUCUCCCUUUGCCCUCAGAGACGGCCCAUUCCAAAGACGAAACAGCCUUGGGAAGUAUGCUCCGCAAUGAAUCAGGGUUGAAGUCUACAGCAGGCCUUCUCAUGUGACGGACUCCAAGCUCUCGACACCUUUUUACGAUGGACUGCAGGUCAAUACCCCAAAACUCCACAUCCUUGUCCUGCUGCAAAUUCAGAAUGUAGGCAACAUUCUCCUCACCUUUCAAAUGAUCAAUGUCUUCAGGCUUCUGAGGCUGGGAGCCCACGAUAACAUCAUCGGUGAUCAGCGUGUAGUUCAUACCCAGAUCAUGGUGAUACUCAUAUGGAUUCCGCAUCAUCCUUUUCAUGGCAGUGUUGUAUUCUUCCAUCCGGUUCCUCGAGCUCAACGAUACAUUAGUAUCAUUAUUAUUUCUGCUGCUCUCGUUCCUUGCUACCUGACAGCUGAUUCUGAACCAAUCUCUCCUCUUCUUGAUAGGAACCAUGAAGCUGCAAUUGCCUUCAGGCUUCCCUCGCAAUCGAAUCUCAUAAUUUGGGUAUCUGUAACUCGCUGGCGAGAGGGACAUCACGUUCAUCUUCUUCUCCACAGCUACAAGCUUUCUUACAAAUUUGGUAUCUCACUGUGUGUUCUUAUUUAACUUUCCUGUUCUCUUCUUCCUCGUCCCGAAAAAAAAAAGUUAUAUUGUUAAUUUAUUGUGGUUGUAAAUAUUAUAUAUACGGAAUAUUCCCGGGUAAAAAUUGGACCCGGUUUAGCUAUUCGGGUCCAAAACUAAAACCAAAAUGUUAAGAGGAAAAUUCCUCCUCGGCUAGGCCCUCUCCUCUCCUCUCCUUCCCAGUUCCCACUUCUCUCCUCUCUAUCUGCUUCUUCGUUACUUGUGAGCUGAACAUGAAAGGCUUCAAAUCGUUUUAACUCAGAGAAGAAAAAAGUAUCAGUCUUUUAGCGGCGAAAUUAGCCAAAAGGUAGAGUUUGGUUUGGGUUAGGUGGCGGCGGCGGCGGGGGAGGGAAAAACGAUGGAGUGCAGUAGUUGCAGCAGCAGAAGUUCAUCUUCUUCUUUACUACUUCCGGCUAGACCUUCUUCUUUUCGCGUCCCUCACUCUCUCGUUCCUUCCAAGCUCAGACCAUCAAAAACAAAGCUACAUCAGCGUCUAAGCGUCACGAGUGCUUGCGGCCAGGAUCGCAAUGACUCUGUUGAUGGGUUUUCCAUCCUCCCCAGCAAGCUUUUCUCGCAGGAGGCUAUUGGAGCUGAAUAUGGAGAAGGUUUCGAAACAUUCAGACAGGAUGGACCUAUGAAGGUUGAUGUGGAUUUUCUGAAUGAGAGACUGCAAGAAGGUUUUCUAAAACGGAUACGUUAUGCCAUGAAGCCAGACGAAGCAUACGGUCUUAUCUUCUCUUGGGAUAAUGUUGUGACAGAUACUCGAACUAUGAAGAUGAAGAUAUGGAAACAGCUUGCUUCUGAAGAGGGAAAGGAAAUACCUGAAGAUGAACAUGUGCAAAGACUGAUGCUAUAUGCAGGUGCUGACCAUGUAUUGCGUAAGGUAUUACUGUGGGAGUUGUCAGAAAGUGAAUUGGAGAGGUUAAAGUCAAGGCUGUCUCAGUUAUAUGUGGACCAUCUUGUUAAACUCAAGAAACCGAUUGGUGGUCUUCGAGAGUGGCUGGAUGCAGUGUCUAGAUCUGGCAUCCCUUGUGCUGUGGUUUCAAGUCUUGACCGGAUCAGCAUGGUUGAAGCCUUGGACCGCUUGGAGCUCAAGAAGUAUUUUCAGGCAGUAGUGUCGGAGGAAGAUGGCAUGGAGUCAAUAGCCCACAGAUUUCUUUCUGCAGCUGUCAAGCUAGAUAGGAAACCAUCAAAAUGUGUGGUAUUUGAGGAUGAUCCCAGAGGAGUUACUGCUGCACACAACUGUACUAUGAUGGCCGUGGCAUUAAUUGGCGUCCACCCUGCGUAUGAAUUGGUGCAGGCUGAUCUUACAGUGGCGAGCUAUAACGAUCUGUCAGUAAUCAACCUCCGUAGGUUAUUUGCCAACAAAGGUUCGACAUUUAUGGACAUGGAAAAGCAGAGCAUAGAGAAGUCUCCACCCAAAAGAAAGCUAAGCAUUGACACCAUUUUCUGAAGGAGACCAGUUUCCAUCUCCCCUCCAUGUUCCAACUUGUACGUCUUUAGCAAUGUACCAAUCUUCUAUUCCAAUUUCCAAUACCCCUGUUAAGAAUCAAUACGUGCUGAAUGGCUCUUGUAAAUCUUUGCUCUCCUUUCGCAUUCUUUAUGCGGACAUAUGUUAUGCAUUAGCUAUUUAGCUUGAAGGUUCAGGUUCAGAUAUUGAUGUACUGGAAAUUGGAGAUAGGCUAUCAGACUGACUGAUGGAGGAGUAAUGGAGUCUAUGUUGCAGCAACUCCUAUCUACUAGGGGUGGUAGUUAACCGAGCAGUUAUUGGUCAACCAAGAAACCGAAUCGAAAUAUGUGGUUAGUCGGCUAACCGAAAAUUAACCGAGUGGUUUUCGGUUUCUAAUCGAUAAAAAAUUAGUGC